ACUGCCUUCAACGCCUCCCCUCGCCAUGUAAACAAUUCAACCUGUUUCGCCGUUCAAAAGAAGUUCUGUUGCGGAGCUGUGUUUGCUGGUUUGACGCUGAGUCGGUUAGUGCCCUGUGGAAUACACCGCUGAUGGACUUGCUUUUUUCUAUUUGACUGCUUUUGUUUAUUUCAAGGAUUAUCUCGUCUGCUCAGGAUAAAAUAAUGCUCCACUAGAAGCGAACUUUGCAACUGCCAUGUUGAGUGACAGCUGCCUCAAAGAAAAUAUGCAGUGGCUACAAAACUUGAAUUUUACCCAUGUACCAUGUAAUUUUACCCAUGUAAAAUAAUUGAAAAUUUUAUCCAUCAGAGAAAUCUGUCAGUCAGCAGUACAAUUGUAUGGAUUUAAAAAUGAUUCUGUCUUUCUCUCUUCGCUCUAUAAGCCUAAAUCUAGUAAAAUACAACAGUUGAACAAAUAAAGUGUAUUGAAGAAGAUCAUGGUUUCGCAAAAUCAAGAGACCAACUGGGAAAGCAGUCCCUCGAGAACAGGAAGUAUGCUGUCUCUCGAUGGUAGGCAACGCCUUCCGACGGUUAAGACACCACCAUCAUAUUAUGAUGCUGUUCGAAGUCGUCAUUCUUUAUCUCAGCCGGUUAAUAAGACAUCGGAAAGCGGUAAACAAGAAAAAACACUGCAUGCUCAACAGGUGAAAUUCAACAGUUUAUCCAGGCCUCUUCCUCAACGCUAUCCUCCCACUUCGUCCAGCGAUCAGCAAAUCCGAAAACCGUGGCCAGAUGACCAAUAUGAACCGAGUGGAUCCAAUAGUAGUUCAAGCUGGUCUCCUGAAGAUCAUUCGAGAAUGCGCUUGCAUUAUGAAUCACCGCCAAAGCCUGCCAACCAUGUACCUCUUCAGCUGAGAGUGCAUCAGGAGAAGUACUCAUCGAAACGGAGCCUUGAGCAGACGGAAUCUUGCCUUCAAGGGUUCGCAGGGCCCAGAGGGAACGACCAAACUCGGCUUGGUGAUGCAAGCCCAAGGCAAGUCACAGAGAAAUUAACAGUUGACUGCAGCACCAGAGGCGUCAGAAUAGAUCCAGAAAGAAACGAAGGACCCAGAAAUCUUCAUGGAAGACCAGAUGUUAGACCUCCUCCACCAGUACCAGGGCGCCGUCCGCCACAGCCUGCAACCGCUUUGACGAACGGAAUAGUAUCAAACUCUAACAGCCUGCCCAGACGCGAUGCCAAUGGAUUACUAAGACGCUGUUAUCCUAUGGCAAUUAGUGGAUCGCCAACUGUUUCCAAUGGUUAUCCUCCAUCUUCUAAGUCAUCUGCAAACGGAUCAUCGAAUUAUGAACCAAGGUACUCAAAAAGUGGAAAACUGUGUCCUCGUCCUCUCAGCCAAGGAUAUGAAUCCCGUCCCAUGCCAGCUCCUGUAGUUAUGCUUCGAACAGGACCCCUUGGUACUUACCCAGAUGUUGAAACACUAAAGCGAAGCGAAAUGUCUUCUUAUAAUCGACACCAAGAAAGGAAUUAUAGUCCAGGUCCAAAUGAUUAUGAGAGGCAACAUCAUAGAGUAUCGUCGCAUGGAGAUAUGUCCCAGCAGAUUUUUGUUGAUACAAAUUCAUAUGUAAACAGUCAACCUGUUAUCUCUGAUCACUUGGCUAUACCUUAUCGUAUACCACAAGUAUCACCUAAGAUGCUUAAUGGUGUGCAGCAGUGCAACAAUGAUGUAAGAAAAGAAUUGCCGUCAAAUUCAGGUCCUCGUUCGCAGCCUUCGCCAUCCGUCGGUCGUCAACAAAAUUCUUCUUCUUGUUGUAAUAGCACAGGUACUUUUAAAAAUCAGCAACUCUUGGCUUGCUCAAGACCGGCAGAAUCAAUUAAUUCUCUUGAUCGUCGAAGUCGUCGACAUCCAGAAAUAUCUUCAGGACAAUAUAAUGAACACGGACAGUUGUAUGGGAACCAUAACGCAAUCUGUUCUGAUCUUAGUUUAGGUAAAAAUUCUGCACCUUCCGAAUCUAGAAAGCACCAAUUAAUCAAUGAUGAUGGUGUUAUUUAUGCUAAUCACCAGACUUCUUUUCAACCAGUGAACAGUGCAAAAAAUGACCACUUGUCAGAGCAACAGAGAAUCUCAACAAUGCCUAAUGGUUUGCUUUACGAAAAGCAACAUCCAUCUCGCCCAUGUUCUAAAAAUAGUUUAAGAGGAGUCCAAGAAAAUUCACUUGAUAGUAAUAGUCCAGUUUAUGCUAAUCACCUUGUAGGUAAUACUCUGUAUAAUUUCAACCAGUCGAUUCAGGCGCACAAUCAGCAAGGGUGUCACCAGACCCCCGCUAAUUUUGCUGAUGUGUCGAACUCUCGUACGAGCAGAAAUCAAGAAACAGAUCGUAAUAAUCAUCAACUUCCUCCUCCUGUCGCGCAGAAACCGCGACCGACACUCCCACAGCCAUCAGAAAUGAUUAUGGUAACUGAAACGAGGGGAUGGAAUGGACAAGUAAAUUCUUAUUCUAAAGAUGUCGUGAAGCCAACUCCUCGCUUGCCACGCUUUGCAAAUGGCUUGAUCGCUUCGGGUACUCAGUUGACUACAGUACCUGCUUACCAGUGUGUGAUAAAUGAAUUAUCCUCUCAUAACUUGCCACACACUUCACCCCAUGGCAUAGAUUCCUCAUCAUUGCCUUUAAGAUCAGGUUAUGAUUCAUCAUCAAGCUCUGUUCGAGACUUUUGCCGACAGUCCAGCAAAUCGGAGAGUUUAACAGAUCACAGAAAGAUGAAUGAUGGUUUCAUAAAAUCUUCCAGCGGAUCCCAGAGAAUAGAUAAGUCUUUGCUGUCUGCCUCCAUGACGAGUCUGUGUAGCGAUGCAUCUUCUUCAGUAUCAUCUCGACGUAGACAGCAGAAAGAUGAUACAUCUUGGGAAAGGAUGAAAGAUGAAUUUCAAAAAAGGAAAGAAAAAGGUUCUGUCUUCAGUGCCUCUCCCUGGGACAGAGAAGAAAAGGAAAAGUUGCAGCGUGAACAGCUGUUGGAUGCGCGACGGGCACGUGAUCAAGAAAUCGCUUACCUGGAAUCCAUAACAGACCGCAGCGAAAAACAAGAGGAAUGGCUACGAAUCUUACGUUUAGAGCGAGAAUUUCAGCGAAGGGCGGAGCAGGAAUUGCAAGACGAUGACGAUGAAGAUGACGAAGAAACCGAAGGCACGCAAAUCUCUGAUGCUAUUUGUGAAAAGAUCGAAAGCUGUCAGGGAGAUCAGCGACCGGUGAAUUCUGAUGAAAAAACUGGUCUAAAACUCCUGGAUGAACUGGAAAAACCAUCUAAGACUUCUACAUCUUCAGAAAAAUGUAACGGAGAUCGAGAACAAAAGCCACAAAAUCCCUCAGAAAAACACUUUAUACCCUUAGAUGUAUCGAUACCAGACAGAGAUAUACUAGAACCAUCAUCUGCACAUCUAGGAAAUAAUAUUCUACAAAUAUCUUUGGAGCAUAAUGCAGACCAUAGCGGAAACAGACUUUCGAAGCCACCUGUUCCAGCACCUAGACCUAGCAAAGCAUUCACUGCAGUUUCUCCACCUGUAAACUCGAAACCAAAUACGAACAUUUACAACCAUAAUACCAGCUCCGAAUUCGCAUCGGAAGCUGUGAAUGGUUCCAGUUCAAACAACACAGCCGAUAACAUAAGCAGCUUAACGAAACUCGAAAUUUCCGAUUCGAGUGCCUACUUCUGUUCAAAUGAAAAUGCCAGUGAGAAUGGUAGAGGAGAUAUUGUUCAAGAAAACUGGUUGAUAGAAGUGAAUUCUUUCGAACAUUCAAACUUUACGGAGAGAGAAGAUGUUCGUGGACCACAACAAUCAACACAAAACAUAAAUUCAAGAGAAGAAACGCGUAUUUAUGAAAACAUUAAACCAGUUGAAUACAAACCUCCCAAAACUAAUCCAAACGCCAUAAAGAAUGGGUUUGGAUCUCAUACCUUGCCCAGAUCAACAAGUUGCGGCAGCACCCUUGUUUUACAAGAUCCAGUGUCUUCAAGGAAUAGUACCAGCCAUUUUGAAAAGAAAUUUCCAUGUAUGGGAGUGUCGAGCACUUUAACUAGAAAAUUGAAUGGACUCUCUGCUUGUGAUAAUGACACGCAUCAAGCCUUGUUCUCAUCUGGCAAAGCGAGAAAUGGUUAUGCAAAGGAUAUUCCAAGCGACUUAGUGGAUAAAUCCCCAGAAUUCAAGAAGCUUUGGAUAUCACGACCCGAAAAAUUAACAUUUCAAGACAAGAUUAGAAAGUUUUCUCUGCAGGCAGGUGAAGAGGAUCUGCCUAGGGACAGAGUCAAGAAUUCUAGAGCACAAAGAGAAAUUGAAAAUAAGUUUAGCGAAGGGCAAAAAAGAGCAAUAGCUUCCACAGAAACAUAAAGACGAAAUUUUAACGAAAUCCUUUUGUUUGACUUAUUUGAAAAAUAAGUGUAACAAAAGGUCUAAUUUGUAAUAUAUUUUCAGUACUUUUAUUAAGAAAAUUUUGUACUCUGCAAAAUGUUAAUUAUUUGGAUAAUAGAAUAUUACAUUAAGUUACUUAGAAUUUCAUUUAGAUCAGUUAUUGGUAAUUAUUGAUUUUCAUUUAAAAAUAAAUGUGUAUUAUAUUUUUUGAAAUAUCAGCUAUAUUGUUAUAUGAAUUCCUCAGAGAAGGUUUGAUUUUCAUGUAAAAAGUAUAAUGACUGAAAAACAGAAUUGAUAUUUCUUAGAAAAGAUCCUUGAUAUUUUUUGAUUUGCUUAUAUCAGUAUAAUUUUUUUAAUUCCUGUAUAAAGUUGUUGCCAGUCUUUUUAUUUUCAACAUUUAAAAGCAAUAUAAAAGUAUUUGUGUAUAAUGAAUUAACAAAAACACUAAUAAUAUAUUGAGUUUAUGUCUUUAUAAUAUAUAAUAUUUAUAUAAUCGUCAGUAUAGUUAUUCCUCAAUCACAGAGAAUUUAUUUUUAAAUGUUGAUUUGAGAUAAGCUAUAUAGAUCAUUAAAAUUUUAACGUAAAUGUGUUUUAGAUGUAAUUUAUUUUCAGGACGAUAAUUUUUAAUAAGUUUAAAAUGUAAAUGUUUAUAAUUCAUAAUAUUAAUCUAUUUGAAUAUCUACAGCACAGUUGUAGCUUAUUAUUAAUUUAAUUAUUAAUAUGUAAUAUCCCCAAAACAACUUUUUAAUUCGAAUAUUAAAAUGUCUACUUAGUAAAGUCACAUAAAUUUCAUACUUUACUAAGCUGAUCAUAAUUCUGUCAGAUAAAAACAAAUACUGCAGGAUAUCGUGAAGAGGAUUACAUUGAAAAUCUAAAGGUUACUUUAUCACGUACAGAUUUUGAGCUUAAAUUCUUCACAUAAUUCAAAUAAAAUCAUUAAUUUUAAUGAAAAAAAGGACUAAUUGAUUUUAUAUUCAUGUUUUACAAAUUAUAUAUAUUUUACAGACGACAUUACUUUAUGCAACAUAUUUUGAUGUCUUAGUAUCCAUGAGCAAAGGGAAAAUGGAUAUUACAGCAUCAAAACAGCACUUUUAUUUAUCAUUAUUUAAUUUUAUCUGAUAUCAUGAAUUUGAAUAAGUUACAUUCAAGUAAUCCCUUUUGAAUAUCCUCACUGAAUGUGCAUAUUUUGCAUUCUAGAAUUUUCAAUUUAUAGCUACACAAAGAUAAAAAAAAAACAAAUUGAAUGACAUUUUUAACGGCAGAUAGUAUAGAAUAGACUCAAUAUCUAUGAUCAACGCGCCUAUACAAGAAAUUGAUCGCACUGAUGCACCCGUUUUUAGAGCUUAUGAUUAGCCAAAUUUAAAGUUAAAAAAAUAAACUAAAUUGCAUUUUUCAUUAAAACAGAAUUAACUCUGUUAUUCAAAAGGGCCAAGUAAAAGUACAGUCAUGACAAAAUAAUCCAAAUAAGUUAGCAAGGUUUGAACUGAAACAAUAAACAAUUUUUUCACAAUAGACUUUAGUUAAUUCGAAUAGUCACAGCCAGUUUUUGUCCGUAGAAACAAACAGGAGUGCGAACAAUGGUUAAACUUCACUCUUUUCAGUAAUAUCGGGAAAACUAUUGCAAUAAGCAUGCAGAAUAGAAAAGGAUAAACUAAUAAAGUAAAAUAAAAUAAUAAGAGAAUACUCAAGAAGCAUUUAAAACAGGAAACAAAUAUUCUUAUUAAUACGGCAAACAAAAGCUGCUUAGUUUCAUUUACUACAGUACAAAGAGCCAAAAUACAUUUUCUCUUCGCAAUGAAUUUUAGAUUAAUAUAAAUAUAAACCUCUUUUUUGGUGAAUGAUUUUAUUUUUUAUUCAACAUCGUUUUCUGUUUAAGGUGUUCAAGUAUUUGAUCUGCAACAUUUUUAGAUAAUAUCGCGCCGCAAACAUGUAAGCACGUUUUGAACUUCGUGUGUCAUCAGCGAUGCAGUUUUUAUUUUUAUAUUUUUUUACUUGUUUUCUCCUUCAUUAUCGCUAAAAGUUUUUUAUUCUGCGCUUUAUCACUUCUAAUGAUUUUUGCAAAAAAUAGUUUAACCGAGAUUCCAAAUUUCUCAUUAGAAAACCUUUCUGUUUAUCUUACGCCCAUCACCAACUUCUGUGCCAUUAGUCGAUGAGCAAUAUAGUAGAAGUCGACAAAGUAAGAAAAUCAAAUUAGUUUCCAAUAAAUUGUCAAAUUAGUUUCUCUUAAAGAGUCUAAGAACGCAUCCAUUUUCAUAGGCAGGUAGCUCUCGAGUUGCUUUCCUUUAAUCAAUCAACCUGUAACCUACGUGCUUGACCCGUAAAUAAAAGGAAAUCGAUAGAAUAUACAAGCUUCCUUUCAAAAUACAAGUAAACACACUUUCGAAACAAAAUAACGCGUAAUCUACGGAUUUUUUCUAAAAUCAUCCCUCUUUUACCUCCUAGGAGGUGCUUAAUAACUUCAUGCUUAAAGCCCGAGAAGCCAUAUACGUUUAAAAUAUUAUGUCUCUAACACUAGAAAUAAGUAAUUAAAUGUCCAAAAUAAUUAAAUGCUUUGAAGUUUACUAGGUAAGCAUCACAAGAAAUAAUGCCCAACUGAACAAUAAUAUGUCACAAAUUACAGCCGUAAAGCAAGUCAUUGAAAUUUUUCGGUGGAUUUUCCGAUUAAUGCGUUUAGAAAAUAAUUUCGUUCUACUUUAACUGACUUAAAAGACUGAUUUUGCAACUAAAUGCCAUAUCUUAAAUUGGUUAUUCAAAUUACUCAUUUUUAUUACUGUCCUAUGAAAAAUAAAAUAAGUAUUAUGAAGUAUACAUUAGCAAAAUUUAUCUUAUCAAAUAAAUGAAAAGCUAAGCCAUUUCAAUAUAAUUUUUCAUACUUGAUAUACUUUGUAGAAUAUUAUAGAAGCAUACAGAUGUUCCGUACAUUUUAAUGCAGAUUUACGAAAGAUCCAGCUUUGAGUAUGUAUCUAUUUCCAUUAUUAAAUACAUAAUGCAUAGUCUUUAAGUAAAUGAUUUUUGCUCUAAUUUAGUUCAUAUUUGUAUCUUUUAUAUGCAAUGUAAAUAUUUUAAGUUUCUGCAUAAUUGUAUGUUUUUAAUUUAUACAUCUUGUGCUGAUAAGUACUAGAUGAAAUCUGUGAUGGAAAUGGAAUUUGAAAUAAAACCUUCAUAUGUAAGUUUUAACAGAAA